UGAUGCCAACGGUUUUAAAUUUAGAAAAAUAAAUUGCCUAAAAGCGCCCUGCACCACAAACAGAGGCCUCUAUCUCUGCUCGCUGUAUGCCCGGCCUGUAUCUAUCGAUCUUAUCAUCUACAUUCGUGUCAACUUUGUAAACAAGUUUGUGCACAGCUUGAGUGUGUGAUUGGUUGCUCAUUUAUUUGUUUGUUGAUGAGUGUGUGCGUGUUGUGGCGUGAGCACACGGGACGAAAACCGGGGUGCUGCCACCUGUAAAGCAACACACACACGCGCGCGUGUGUGUGUGCCGCUGUCGAUUUGCGAGUCUGGCAAGGAGCCGUCCUCCUUGGCAUCCGUGGAAAAGCUGACAAGGGAAGGAAGCGAGCUCGUGUUGCUGAUGAGCAGACUGUGCUCUGUCUAGAUUCGUGGUGAAUGCGUAUUGGGGUGGUUGAGCAAAAUAUAGGCCAUGCACUAAACCUCGCAAGCUGUAGGAAGGUUAUAUAGGCUUAAUAGCUAUUGAAUCCUGGUUAUAGGCUAUUCAUAGGGCGAACGCUGUAGAGGAUAUGCAGUGUUGGCUAUAUGUUGUGCAAACUGUAAACUGUGCAUAGCUCUAUGUAUAGGCAGGGCUAUAGCCGAUAGUGUGCUGGGGAAAAAGGCGAGACAGUAUACACUGCUGGCUAUAAGCUAUACACGGCGCUGCAGUGUUAGCUACAGUGUUGAAUGAUGUGUAAAGUGUAGACUACAUGUGAGCGUGGCGAUACGUAGUAUAACGAGCUGUCUUGACACCGGAUCAAGAUAUAAGUCGCACUUCGGACGAAUCGUAAGCAAAGGAGGCUGCAUUCUGAUUGUGAAAUUUCACUGCUGCGGUUUUACAUUUGAAAUUACAGGCUGUAUCUGUAUAGUCGUUGCAAGUCGUCUAGCCUCUACGCUACAUAUGCACUGUGCAUUCUAUGCCUGUAAAUUGAAUGUUGUAUGCAUGCAGCAGUCACAAGUAGAAUAGGCAAUUCAGGACAUGUAUAUAUUGUACCGGGAAGUACAUAUUUAGAUAGCAGUCUGUACGUGUGGGGUAGUUGGAGGUUUGCCUCGACAAAAUAAUUGCAUCUUAUGCAUUGCACUACAGGUAUUUAAAUCGCAGUUUGUGCACACGCAAAAGUUGAAAGUUGUUCCCGCGUUGUUAUGCUCUCUGCAGAUUUUUAUCCAUUUAACGCCACACGCGUCUUACACACGCAGCGCAAGUUGUUUAGCCUGCACGCAGUGGCUACACACUUUGUGUAGCAUAAGCAGCGGGUUUUUAGCCGCCGCUCUGCGUGAGCGAGUGAGUGGGUUUAAAUAAACACACCACACACACCACGGCAAUCCCAUAUAUAAUGUCCGAAAUGGCCGAGGAAGAAUUUGCGUUUGGCCAGCAGGAGGCAUCCGCUGAUUCCGAACACGCGACUCGUCCGGUCGGCUUCAAGGUGUCCCGACUGUCGCCGGUGCUGAAACGCACGCGCGGCUCUGAACAGAAGCAGCAGCAGCAGCAGGAGCAAGAAGAAGAAGAGCAGCAACAGCAGCAGCAGCAAGACAACAGCCCCGGGGCUGAGUCGACCGCGACACCCCGACGCCGAGUUCUGUUCGCCGACGCGGCGGGCUUUCGCCUCUCCCGCGGGGACUCCAUGGAGAAAGGCGACGUCGGUGGAGCAGGCGCAGACGACCGCGGGGAGGGCUGCGGCCACUCUCGACCCGCGUCCUCCGUGGCCCCGAGACCCGACUUCGCGCUCGCCGGCUCCACGUCGGAGCUGCUGGACGUGGUGCGCAAGCAGAAGGUGGCUCUGGAGGACUUCGCGGUGUCCUCGGCGGGCGCCGUUCUCGGCACCGUGCGCGUGCACGGCUCGUCGCGGGACAAGCGCGUGCACCUGCGCUGGUCCCGAGACGUGUGGAGGAGCCACUGGGAGGUGCAGGCGACCGCCGUCGACAACACCUUCGACGGCGAGACGGAGCAGUUCGUCUUCCGCAGCUUCGCGAGGCCCGGAGGGGACGAGCCCCUGGAGGAGGGAGACGCCGUGGAGAUGGUCGUUCGCUACGCGUCUCCCGACGGCGUCUUCUGGGAUAACAACGGCUGCGCUAAUUACAGGUUCACGUGCGUCAAGGCGGGCGUGGAGAUGCGAGCCGCCCGCGUCAAGGCGCUCGUCAGCGCGCCCGAACCCAACGGCUGCAGCCCGAGGUCUUCCAACGCUUCCAACGAAGAUCGCCACGAGCACGCCGCGGACGCCGGGGACCUCCGCGGCCGCGUCGGAGCGGCCAUCGGCGACGGCGGCGGAGGCGGCGACCCCAACCACGAGCCGAGAGGCGACCGUGGAGGCGCCUCCGCGAACGGCCUCUCCGCGAUAGCGCAGCCGGCCCGGCGGGGCUCUGCUGACGACCUGAUGGAGGGGCUCUUCAAGACGCUCCACGCCCUCCUGCUGCUCGUCUUCCUGGCGUCGCUCACUCGCUUCGGGGUGAUGGAAUGCUGCGCUGCGUACGCGCUCGCCAUCGCUUUCCUGUACUGCUACGGCGUCUUCGAGAUGCUCAGCCACUAGGCGAGUUUGCUCGUGUGCGCGCGCGCGCGUGUGUGUGUGAGCUUCUGUUUGUGAAUACCGGCUGGUCGCGAAGUCCUUCCGGGGCUUUUAGAGUAAUAUAUCUUUCGCGAGAAGUUAUAUUGAAUAUUUGAAAUAUGCCUUAAUUUAAAUGCGUCGUAACUCAAACAAGUGUUUGAAAGCUCAUGCUUUCCUACCUCUACCCGUCAACUCGACGUUCUUCAUUUAGUUCAUACCUUGGUAGUCCAUCUAUUAAAAACAAUUAUAUGUAAGCAUUUCUAAACGUUUUGCAACAAUUGAAGGUCGACCGGCGAGCUUCGCAUUAUAAAUCGUCCCGUGUGGACUCAUGCCGUCUCUUCGGGUAAUGCUGUAUCUCUGUAGAGCCUAGCCCAUCCCCUCUAACACUGCCCACCGGUAACACAUGCUGAACGUUCUGCUUCACUCCCACAAUCGUGGAAAUUAACUAGGUACACUAACAAUGCCAUCUAAGCAAACUAAAGCCAUUUCCGACAAACAUAAACUUCAGGAUUGAACAUUUGUAUUCAUUGAAUGUAUGAAAAUAUGCAUUUGUGUUGCAAACCAGAUGACAUUACUUACACCUGGGGGAGACCAUUAUCCUGUAUUGACAAACGUGUUCUAUUCUAGAUUUGAAGCUUUCGUGACUGCAAGGAUCCAUACUUUUUGGUUCUAUUCGGUAAAGUCACGUAGGUAAAAAAUAAAACAACAUGUGUUCUAACUGGAGCCGGAAUGACCUUCAGUGGUCAGAAUAACCUUCAGAAAGACCUUUGACCUUCAAGAAAUUAAAACUGAAUCUGUAUUAGGACGCGUGGAGUUAACCGACUUAAAUGUUACGACGAAACAAUUGCUUCGCUUUCUCGAGUCAAACGUUUCACUUGUGUUGGACGUGUGGCGAACUGAAGGCAUGCCAGGGAGGAUCAUUUGAGAUGUCUGGUUGUGUACCAGAAGUGUCAACAACACAUCUUCAUUUAGUCGAGUAGAAUACGCCAUCGUUUCACAGUACGUUUAACACAAAGUUAUUUAUAGUUGUAGACUUCAGUAUGCAUUGUCUGCCUUUUCCCUGUCGCCGUCUGGCCAGUUGAGUCAAAACGCAUUGGUGAGUGAUCAGCAUAGGAGUUGUGUGUAGCUCAGUAAACAUCAGCACCGGAGCAGCAAUGCUUGAUAGAUAAGGUUACCAUUAUAUACAUUUUCACGAUGCGAUAUGGGGCCGUCCAUAAAUGACGUCACGCGAUUUUGGACGAUUUUUGCCCCCCCUUCGUCACACGGCGCCACAAAAAGUCAGACCCCCCCUCAAAUAUGACGUCACG